UCCGUGACGGGUUAAACGGCCGUUGCUAAGAUAUUUACGGAAAAUAUGGAAGUGCUACGGCAAUUUGUUCAGAAUUUUCGAUUUUCUUCUGGUUUUGGAAUUGAUCACAGAGUUUUUUCGGAUGUUGUCAAAGCUUGCGCUUCAGUGUCUGAGCUUACAUCAGGGAGGGCUCUGCACGGUACCGUGGCAAAGCUUGGUCAUAUGGCCUGCAAUGAGGUUUCAAAGUCAGUUCUUAACAUGUAUGCGAAAUGCAGGAGAAUAGAUGAUUGCCAGAAGCUGUUCAGGCAAAUGAACAGUGUCGAUCCUGUUGUUUGGAAUAUUCUCCUGACUGGACUUUCGAAUUCUUGUGCUCAUGAGACGAUGAGGUUUUUCAAAGCAAUGCACUUUGCGGAUGAACCUAAGCCCAGCUCCGUUACCUUUGCGAUUGUUCUUCCUGUGUGUGUUCGCCUUGGGAAUUCAUACAAUGGCAAGAUUUUGCAUUCUUAUAUCAUUAAAAUCGGGUUAGACGAAGAUACACUUGUGGGGAAUGCUCUGGUUUCCAUGUAUGCCAAAUGCGGGAUUGUCUUCCCUGAUGCGUACACUGUGUUUGAUAGUAUAGCUGAUAAAGAUGUUGUCUCAUGGAACGCGUUAAUUGCAGGGUUUUCUGAGAACAAUAUGAAGUCCGAUGCUCUUAGAUUGUUUUCUCUGAUGCUCAAGGAACCUAUAGAGCCGAAUUAUGCAACAAUUGCAAAUAUUUUGCCAGUUUGUGCUUCUAUGGACAAGAACAUUGCAUAUGGAUGUGGUAGGCAGAUUCAUGGUUAUGUUGUGCAGAGGUCUUGGUUGCAAACUCAUGUUAAUGUAUGCAAUUCUCUUGUGAGUUUCUAUUUGAGAGUCGGACGGAUAGGAGAAGCAGCCUCAAUGUUUACGAGGAUGGGUUCCAAAGAUCUGGUUUCAUGGAAUGUUGUCAUAGCCGGUUAUGCAUCAAAUUGUGAGUGGUUUAAAGCCUUGCAGUUAUUUCAAAUUUUGGUGCAUAAGGGGGAUGUUUCUCCUGAUUCGGUAACUAUUGUCAGCAUCCUUCCUGUCUGUGCGCAGUUAAGUAACUUGACCAUUGGCAAAGAGAUCCACAGUUAUAUUUUGCGCCAUUCUUACCUCUUGGAGGAUACAUCAGUUGGGAAUGCUCUCAUUAGUUUCUAUGCAAGACUUGGUGACACAAGGGCAGCGUAUUGGGCCUUUUCGCUGAUAUCCAAGAAGGAUAUAGUAUCUUGGAAUGCUAUACUUGAUGUCUUUGCAGACAGUCCAAAACAUUCUCAGUUUAUGAACCUCUUGCGCCACUUAUUUGAUGAAGCAGUAAUUCUUGACUCUGUUACUAUUUUAAGCAUAGUCAAAUUCUGCACAAAUGUACUGGGAGUUGGUAAAGUAAAAGAAGUUCAUGGGUACUCAGUUAAGGCCGGUCUUUUAGACGGUGAAAAGGAACCCAUGCUUGGCAAUGCAUUGCUUGAUGCAUAUGCCAAAUGUGGUAAUGUAGAAUAUGCUCAUAAGAUUUUUCAAGGUCUAUCAAAGAGGAAAACUUUGGUUACCUAUAACUCAAUGUUAUCAGGAUAUGUCAAUAGUGGAAGUCAUGAUGACGCUCAGAUUCUGUUCCGUGAGAUGUCUACUACUGAUCUCACCACUUGGAGUUUAAUGGUUCGUAUCUAUGCUGAAAGUUGUUGUCCUAGUGAAGCCAUUGAUGUUUUCCAUGAGAUACAAGCUAGAGGAAUGAGGCCUAACACUGUGACUAUCAUGAAUUUCCUUCCUGUUUGUGCGCAGAUAGCCUCUCUGCAUCUAGUAAGACAAUGCCAUGGAUACAUUAUUAGAGGCGGGCUUGGAGAUAUCCGCCUGCAGGGGACUCUACUAGAUGUAUAUGCAAAAUGUGGCAGCUUGAAGAAUGCGUAUUCUGUUUUCCAGUCAGAUGCUCAUAGAGAUCUGGUUAUGUUCACUGCUAUGAUAGCUGGAUAUGCUGUACACGGUAUGGGUGAGGAAGCACUUAUGAUCUACUCUCAUAUGAUGGACUUGGGCAUUAAGCCCGAUCAUGUCAUCAUAACUACUAUGUUGACUGCAUGCUGUCAUGCUGGAUUAAUACAGGAUGGAUUGCGAAUAUUUGACUCGAUAAAAACGGUUUACGGUAUGAAACCUACAAUGGAACAGUAUGCUUCGGUUGUAGAUCUACUUUCUCGUGGGGGUCGACUUGAUGAUGCAUAUUCUUUCAUCACUCAGAUGCCAGUUGAACCUAAUGGGAAUAUAUGGGGAACACUGUUAAGGGCGUGUACAACCUAUAGUAGGAUGGAUCUGGGGCGCUCAGUUGCAGAUCUUCUUUUGCAAGCUGAAUCUGAAGACACUGGGAACUACAUUCUAAUGUCGAACAUGUAUGCUGCAGAUGGGAAAUGGGAAGUCGUGAAGGAGUUGAGAAACCUAAUGAAGAAAAAGAAAAUGAUAAAGCCAGCCGGAUGUAGCUGGCUAGAAGUGGAUGGGGAAAUGAAUGUCUUUAUGUCUGGAAAUUGUUCUCACCCUCGAAGAAACAGUAUUUCCGACUUACUACAUGCUCUAUAUCUUCAGAUGAAAGAACCAGUGACGUUUUAAUCGAUGAAGAUUGUGAAACGCUGCAAAAAGCAAAACGCUGCAGAAAUGUUACAGAAACAAGUCUUGAUUGAGAUAAAGCAAUUGAACAGUCUUUCUCUUUCAAUGAUUUUGUUGUG